CACAUGUAUAUAUGCUUCUGCCCAUGCUCGGAUCUGCACAGAAAACACCAUAUUUCUUCCUUGUGAUCACGAGCUAACCUUGCAUCUCUCAUUGUCUUUGGCAAGGAUCGAUGGGCCAGGCUGCUGCCAAGGCGAAGCAAGGUGGCGAUCAGGCAGAGAACAAGACUGGCAAGGACGAGAAGGUUGCGAAACCUAAGGAUGCCAAGGAUCUCACCGACUUCAUGGAAAAAAACUACGACUCGAUCAAGGACGUGACAAGCUUCGAAGAUUUCUACCAUGCCUUCUACGAGCUCAUCGAAAAAUUCUGUGAGGAACGUGGGCAAUUGCAGUACAGGAUACCGGAAAAAGCGGAACUUCAGAAGCAGUACGAGAGGGUGAACAAGAGCCCCCAGAAGGGGCAGAACCUGAGCAGGAAGCAGUUCAUGGAGCUGGCCGGGCAGGUGAUCAAGGUGAACAGCUUCACCUUCGGCAAGGCCACCAUGGACGUGCUGGUCGUCCUCUUCGGCGCCCCCGUCUGCGCCCUCCUCGCCAAGAGGGUCGUCCCGGGCCUCAAGUCCUUCUCCGACGACGUCGUCAUCCCCGUCGCCACCUCCGGCGCCGUCGUCUACCUCGCCAAGACCAACAAGCUGUGAUCGAGGUGAAUCGAUCGUUCCAGAAUCAUAUCCAGACUAUGGCUAACAAAUUAUCGCGAGAAUAAAGGUGAGGGAGAAAAAACGUACGUGGUGUCAUGUCGUAUAAAGUUUGCGUUGUGGCCUUGGUUAAAUUUCGCCCAAAUUGUAAAGAUUAUUUGAGAGUGGAUUUUUAUAUUCACUCUCUUUUAUAUGUCUUCACUGUUCACACCUGUGAAAUCUAGGAGAAAUCUGUAUAAUAAUAUUCGUAAAAUCUGAUAUGUGCACAUGCACGAAUCCUAGUUCGUCCCCAAAUGCUAUUUCUCCAUUCUCUCAUUAAGCCACAUCACCCUAAUUAUUUCUAGCAAUUGAAUGAUAUAUCUAUGGCUUAAAUUUUCUCUUC